GGAGGAGUAUAUAGAGGAACACAGGGGUCUGUACAAGGACGUGAUGAUGGAGAAUCACCGGCCCCUCACAUCACUGGAUGGGCCCAGUAACAGAGAUACCCCAGAGAGAUGUCCCCGUCCUCUGUAUUCCCAGGAUUGUACAGAGGAGAAUCACAGGAUCCCACAGGAGGAUCAUGUACAACUUCUGUCUGAUAUUAAAACAGAAGAUAUAGAGGGAGAAGAAGAGACGUAUGUGACUGAUAUAAAGGCAGAAGAUACAGAGGAAGAAGAAGAGACGUAUGUGACUGAUAUGAAGGUAGAAGAUAUAGAGGGAGAAGAAGAGACGUAUGUGACUGAUAUAAAGGCAGAAGAUAUAGAGGGAGAAGAAGAGACGUAUGUGAGGGGUGAUCAGCAGUGUAAGGAGGAGGAGAUCCCUACAGAUAUCAGCACAGCAGAUGGACACACAAGCAGGAAUAUCUCAGAAGGACAUCUAAAGUUAUCCCCGGAUUGUGACAUAAAAGAUAAUGACAGUAGACAGGAUUCUCCAGGAGCGAAUCCCAUUACCCCAAUUAUACAUCCAGCUCUAUCAGCUGAUCCCUCUGAUCCUGGGAAAUAUUCUCCUGAUCACUCUGAUAUUGGUGCAUCUGUUACAGCUCUGAGAGUAGAUACAGUGUUUCCAUGUUCUAUAGAUGCCAAAUGUUUUACACAGAACACAAAACUUAUUACCCAUCAGCCAGCUAAGGCAGGGCAGAGGCCAUUUCCAUGUUCUGAGUGUGGGAAAUGUUUUACAUACAAAUCACUUCUUGUAAGACAUGAGAGAAGUCACACAGGAGAGAAGCCAUUUCCAUGUUCUGAGUGUGGAAAAUGUUUUAUACAAAAAUCAGCUCUUGUUAUACAUGAGAGAAGUCACACAGGUGAGAAACCAUUUCCAUGUUCCGAGUGUGGGAAAUGUUUUACACUGAAAUCACAUCUUCUUAGACAUGUGAAAAUCCAUACAGGUGAUAGGCCAUUUCCAUGUUCUGAGUGUGGGAAAUGUUUUAUAGAUAAGUCACAUCUUGUUAGACAUGAGAGAAGAAGUCAUACAGGUGAGAAACCAUUUCCAUGUUCUGAGUGUGGGAAAUGUUUUCUAGAGAAAUCACAUCUUGUUAUGCAUGAGAGAAAACACACCGGUGAGAAACCAUUUCAAUGUACUGAGUGUGGGAAAUGUUUUGUACAGAAAUCAUAUCUUGUUACACAUCACAGAAGUCACACAGGUGAGAAGCCAUUUCCAUGUUCUGAGUGUGGGAAAUGUUUUAUACAUAAGUCACAACUUGUUAGACAUGAGAGAAGUCAUACAGGUGAAGAACCAUUUCCAUGUUCUGAGUGUGGGAAAUGUUUUUUAGUUAAGUCACAACUUGUUAGACAUGAGAGACGUCACACAGGUGAGAAGCCAUUUCCAUGUUCUGAGUGUGGGAAAUGUUUUGUACAGAAAUCAGAACUUGUUACACAUGGGAGAAUACACACAGGUGAGAAACCAUUUACAUGUUCUGAGUGUGGGAAAUGUUUUAUACAAAAAUCAAAUCUUGUUAGACAUGAGAGAAGUCACACCUACAAAGGGCAAGGCGUUACCAACCAACAUGGGGGAAGCUUUCUCUCUGACCUCUCAUUACACAACGUUGUGUUAUGCUUUAUGUCAGCAUAUUGCUUCAUAUUCUUCAUGCCGUCGGCUGGUGUUCUAUUGAAUGGAACGUUCUGCGCCAUACUGGAGGCAGAAGAUAUAGAGGGAGAAGAAGAGACGUAUGUGACUGAUAUGAAGGCAGAAGAUAUAGAGGGAGAAGAAGAGACGUAUGUGACUGAUAUGAAGGCAGAAGAUAUAGAGGGAGAAGAAGAGACGUAUGUGACUGAUAUAAAGACAGAAGAUGUAGAGGGAGAAGAAGAGACGUAUGUGACUGAUAUAAAGACAGAAGAUAUAGAGGGAGAAGAAGAGACGUGUGUGAGGGGUGAUCAGCAGUGUAAGGAGGAGGAGAUCCCUACAGAUAUCAGCACAGAUGGACACACAAGCAGGAAUAUCUCAGAAGGACAUCUAAUGUUAUCCCCGGAUUGUGACAUAAAAGAUAAUGACAGUAGACCGGAUUCUCCAGGCGCUAACCCCAUUACCCCAAUUAUACAUCCAGCUCUAUCAGCUGGUCCCUCUGAUCCUGGGAAAUGUUCUCCUGAUCACUCUGAUAUUGGUGCAUCUGUUCCAGCUCUGAGAGUAGAUACAGUGUUUCUGUGUUCUGUAGAUGCCAAAUGUUUUACAGGUGAAAGGCCACUGAUAUGUUCUGAGUGUGGGAAAUGUUUUACAUAUAAAUCAGAUCUUGUUAUACAUCAGAGAAGUCACACAGGUGAGAAGCCAUUUCCAUGUUCUGAGUGUGGGAAAUGUUUUACAUAUAAAUCAUAUCUUGUUAUACAUCACAGAAGUCACACAGGUGAGAAGCCAUUUCUAUGCUCUGAGUGUAGGAAAUGUUUUGCAAACAAAUCAGAUCUUGUUAAACAUCAGAGAAGUCACGCAGGUGAGAAGCCAUUUCCAUGUACUGAGUGUGGGAAAUGUUUUACACGGAAAUCACAUCUUGUUACACAUCAGCGAACUCACACAGGUGAUCUAUGCUCUGAAUGUGGGAAAUGUUUUGCAAACAAACCAGAUCUUGUUAAACAUCAGAGAAGUCACACAGGUGAGAAGCUAUUUCCAUGUUCUGAGUGUGGGAAAUGUUUUACACGGAAAUCAUAUCUUGUUACACAUCAGCGAACUCACACAGGUGAGAAGCCAUUUCUAUGCUCUGAGUGUGGGAAAUGUUUUGCAAACAAAUCAAAUCUUGUUAUACAUCACAGAAUUCACACAGGUGAGAAGCCAUUUCCAUGUUCUGAGUGUGGGAAAGGUUUUGCACAUAAAUCACAUCUUGUUAGACAUCAGAGAAGUCACGCAGGUGAGAGGCCAUUUCUAUACUCUGAGAAAUAAAUCAGCUCUUGUUGCACACAAUAGACAUCACUCAGGUGAGGAACCAUUUUAAUCUUCUGGAGUAUACUUAUCAUUGCCAUGCAUUGUUCUUCAAUGUUCUUAUCUUCUCUCCUAUGCUUUUUGCAAUAUACAUGUUACCACUGGGUGAAAUAAUCAGAUGUCAUGUCCUCAUCUACCACUGCUGUGCAGAUGACCUGUCUUUUGCUCCGGGUAUUGAGAACCCAGUACCAAUCCUAAAUGGUUGUCUAGCUGAGCUCUAGGUAUGGGUGAUGCCAGUUGGCUGUGACUCAGUCCUGGUGAAACAGGUCUAUGUGGUAAAAGCUCACCAACAAAGGGCAGGGUUACAGCUCAGCUUUGCAAACCAGACUUAACGCUUGCGGGUUCAGAGUUACAACAUGCUGAUCCUGUGCGGAAUAUUGGUGUCCUGGAUGGUGGAGUGACAGUUAGACAUCGGUAUCUGCCACAAUCAGAUCCUCAUCUGAGGAACAUAGCCAGACUCCAGCACUUUAUUCCCUCAGAAGAUCUACCUACAGUCAUACAUGCACUUGUAUCAUCACACAUAGACUACAGCAAUGUCCUCUACCUGGGUCUCCCAGCAAUAGAAUUGCACCGCUUUUAGCUUGUACAGAAUGCAGCAGCCAGGCUGUUACCUAACCAGCCUGUUCCUGCCACAUAACACCCAUUCUCUGCUCCCUCCACCGGCUGCCUGCCUUGGGCAAUAUUGUCCACAAGCAGUGCUAAGGUGUCAGAGGGGGAGACAG